AUGACUCUCUCGCCCAAAACACUCUCAGGCGCCGGGUAUAUUAUCCUGAACGGCAUACGCGCUAUGAAUAUCAUCGCCUUUCUUGCUGUCAUCACCGCCAGCGUUGUGAUGCUGGUCAAGACGAACACAGACACCCACCUGUUCUUCUUCGACGCGCUUAGCCAUGUCAUCACGCUCAUCUCAAGCUUAUUCCUCAUCACCUCUGAGCUUCCGAUCUUCAAGGGCUACUUCGCCCGCAACUGGCCACUCCUCAGUCCUUCACGUGGCUUCGUGACCCUUGCAGUCGCCAUGAUCGUGAUUGGCAUCCAAGUCAUGGGCAACCUCAAUAAGUCUGCUGGAAGUCAGCAGGCGCUUGGCAUGCCUUUUUGGCGGAUUGUAAUUGCUUCUGGCAUUCUUGUCUUCACCCUCGGAUGGAUCAAUCUGCUGGCUAGCUACAUCUUCCGUGACACAAAGCAAAGCAUCACAGCACGCAUGGUGCGCUCUCAUGGUGCCGUCGCGAUUCACAAGACACCUAAAUCUAUCUCGACCGACUCGUGCGGCUCUCGCACACCACCAGCACCUGUCCUUGCGCAGUCAUACAUCCCAAACCCGAUCACACCAUCGCCAACCAAGACCACUCCCCACCGAUUCAAUUUCCUGAAUCCAGAUCGUCGCGAGUCGGGUUUGCCGUCGUAUCGCACCGCCGCUGCGGCAGCAUCUCCGUCGGUGUGUCACACCACCGGUGAUGCGCCGCGCUCGCCAGAAAGCAAGUACUCUCGUGCUACAGUCUGCACCAAAAAGAAGGUCUUUGGCAUGUUCGGCAGGCAGAGUCGACAGAGCCUUGCGCCGCCGCUCCCCAUCAACAUCGAGCACCGUGAGAUGGAGAUCAGCAGCCCGAUGGGUGUGAAUCCACAGUUUGCACAUCUUGUGCAGAGACCGGAUAGUGCCAUGCACCCUUCCAGAUCGACUGGCGAAAGUGAGGCCUUCCGGUGGCGAAUUUGA